UGUGUGUGUGUGUGUGUGUGUGUGUGUUGAGUCACUCUAUACAAUAGGAUGAAAGAUACAUCAGACACCGUAUCACACAGCACUCAACAUGGGGAGGGCGGAGUGAUUUUAAACUUAUCCUGGAUGGACACUCCAAUGGCUGAGGGGCUAACAGACGAAGACAUAGCAGAGUACCGGGAGGUGUUCGAUGUCUACGAUAAAAACAAAGACGGUGUGAUUGAAGCCAAGGAGCUGGAGAAGGUGAUGCGAGAUUUGGGACAGAACCCUAGCAAAGCUGAAAUCAUCGAACGUAUGAGUGAGGGCGACUUCAACGGCGAUGGCACAAUCGACUUCCACGAGUUUCUCCUGAUGAUGGCUGAACGGCGGAAGAGUCCGAAGAAUGACGACGACCUUCAGCGAGCAUUCGACGUAUUCGACAAGGACAAGAACGGUUACAUAUCUAGAGAGGAGCUGAAGAGUGUGAUGGAAACUCUAGGGGAGAGACUCAACGAUAGCGAACUAGACGAAAUGUUAAAGGAGGCUGACAAAGAUGGCGACGGUCAAGUAAACUAUGAAGCACAUAUUAGACUAGCCACUAGCCCUCCACCACAGGGUCGCUGGUUCGACGCCUACGUGGGGCAGUCGCCAGUCAAAGGACGUAAAACACACAUAACAUGGUGUAGUAUUUCUUUUCAACAAAAUGAUGAUAUGUCAGUGAUGUUGUUAAAGUUGUUAAGACAAAGGCACCACUACAUCAGCAUGUACAAUAACCACCAGAAUGACCACCACACAAACAUGCAUCUUUAUUAUUUACUAUGUUCAUAUAAGAUUAAUAAAUUAAUUCUGAAUUCUGGAUUUUUUUUCCAGGCAGAGGAUUUAACUGCAGACCAAGUUGCAGAAUGUAAGGAGGCUUUCAGCAUGUUCGACAAAGAUGGGGACGGUACCAUCACCACUAAGGAACUGUCGACGGUCAUGAGGUCCCUUGGCCAGAGCCCCACAGAGGCUGAACUCAGGAAAAUGCUCCAUGAGGUGGACGCUGACGGUAGUGGAACGAUAGACUUCGCUGAAUUCCUCACCAUGAUGGCGAAACGGAUGUCGAAUUCUCCAGAAUCCCCCGAGGAGCAGAUGCUGGAAGCGUUCCGACUGUUCGAUAGGGACGGCAAUGGCUCCAUCAGUCCGGAAGAGCUGAGGCAGGUGAUGGUCAACUUGGGCGAGAAGUUGACGGACGAGGAGCUAGACGGUAUGAUCAAGGAAGCGGAUAAAGACGGAGACGGGAGUGUCAAUUACGAAGAAUUUGUGAAUAUGAUGAGUUGCCGAUGAAGUGAAGUUAUGAUAGCCCAUAUGUACAUCAUCAUAUCGUGUAGAUCUAGAUCCAACGGAUAUCAUUGAAUACAACUUACCUGGCCAGGUAAAGACGGUCGUGCUAGUAUAUCAAGUGUUGACACUGUGAUUACUAACUUUGUGGGCAUGGCAAUGCUGUACUGAGCUACAAACAGGAACCGGUUUAUCAUCGUUAUUUACAUGCGUCAUAUGAGAACGACUUUUUUGUGUCUGAAAAAAAGUCUUUUAUAGAAUAGUAUUUAACAUCCAAACACUCUGAAAUUAAAGUUAUAUCCAUGGAAAAAAUACUGCAAAGUUCUAUCCGUCCAAAUAUUAGUUGUAAUUAUUUA